CAUCAACGAGCGGAAGUUACGCGGUCGCGGCAAUUCUGAGAUCUCGUCAGGUCGGGUGGGCCUUUCAAACGAUGUGUGGGAAGAAUUUGUCCCUAGUCCGAGUCCCCUCCCGACCACAUAUUUAGUCGUAGGCUGCCCCCAUCUAUUGACGCAGAGAAAAAGAGAGAGAAAAAAAGAAAGAUGUGAACACUAGUUUGAUUAUUUCCAUCCCCCUCUGUCCUCCCUACCAAACCUACUUGGUCGGUCUUGGAGCUAUCUUAGCUCUCUGAUCUACCCUCCCCUCUAGAUCCUUGAAUCUCCUCCUUAAUUGGUGGGGAUAUUCAUCAAUCAGGAGGUCCUCGUAAAAAUACGACUCUUGUCAACCAGCACGAUGUUUGGAAGGAAAGAUCAAGACCUCGAAAAAGGUCCUCAGGUGGUGAAGUCGACUUUGGACACCAGCAGCGAUGGCGCCGUACCCGGAGAGACGUUUGUAUAUGGUGAUUCACUGUAUGCGAAGCUCCAACGACUCGCAGGGAAGAUCAACAUUGAGCAGCGAGGAAUCGAACGGGUACCGGUAGAGGAACAGACGGAUACGUCUUACUUCAAUAUUGGCAGCAUGUGGUUGGCGGCCAACAUGGUAGUCAGUUCUUUUGCCAUUGGUGUCCUUGGGAAAUCACUCUUCUCCCUUGGCUUUGUCGAUGCCAUCCUUGUGGAUCUCUUCUUCAACCUCUUGGGUAUCAUGACGGUGGGAUUCUUUUCGUGCUUCGGCCCUCCCUUCGGCCUGAGACAAAUGGUGCUCUCGAGAUUCUGGUUUGGCUGGUGGGGAACAAAAUUCAUUGCCUGCUUGAAUGUCUUGGCAUGUAUAGGUUGGUCUGCGGCCAAUGCAAUCGUUGGUGCUCAGCUCCUCCAUGCGGUGAACAACGAUGUCCCGGGUUUUGCAGGAGUCUUGAUCAUCGCCAUCUGCACGUUCGUCAUCACGUUUGCCGGUUACAAAGUGGUCCAUAUGUACGAGUAUUGGAGUUGGGUUCCAACCUUCAUUGUCUUCAUGAUUGUGUUCGGCACAUUCGCCCACUCCGGUGACUUUGUCAACAUUCCCAUGGGCGUCGGGAAAUCCGAGCUCGGUAGCUGUCUGUCCUUUGGCUCAACCGUCUAUGGUUUUGCCACCGGAUGGACCAGUUACGCGGCGGACUACACGGUGUACCAGCCCAGGGACCGCAGCCGCCGCAAGAUCUUCUUCUCGGCUUGGUCCGGCCUUAUUGUUCCUCUCCUUUUCACCCAAUUCCUUGGAAUCGCUAUCAUGACUGCCACCAGCAUCGAUGGUGGGAACAACAAGUAUAUGGCUGGUUAUUCGGCUUCCGGAAACGGAGGUUUACUUGCCGCUGUUCUUGAGCCUCUGGGAGGAUUCGGCAAGUUCUGUCUUGUGAUUCUCUCCCUUUCCAUCGUCGCCAACAACUGCCCCAACAUUUACUCCGUCUCCUUAACCCUCCAAGUUCUCAGCCGCUACUCUCAAAGAGUUCCUCGAUUCAUCUGGGUUUUCGGUGGUUCCUGUGCCUCUGUGGCCAUUGCUAUCCCAGGAUAUUCCCACUUCGAGACCAUCCUCCAGAACUUCAUGAACAUCAUCGCCUACUGGCUAGCAAUUUAUUCCGGUAUCUCGCUCACAGACCACUUUUUCUUCAAGCGUGGGUUCGGCGGAUACCGCAUCGAAAUCUACAACAAACCCAAUGAGCUUCCUCCUGGCAUUGCCGCCGCCGUUGCUUUUGGCUUCGGUAUCGCCGGUGUGGUCACCGGCAUGAGCCAGUCCUGGUGGACUGGCCCCAUUGCGAAGCAUGCGGGUGCACUACCUACUGGUGGUGAUAUUGGGUUCGAGCUGGCUUUUGCUUUUUCCUCGGUAUCGUAUAUCUUCUUGAGAAAGGCUGAGCUGAAGGUAUUUGGCCGGUAGUUAGCGCUAUUUGGAUUUCCAGCGUGGGGUAUGGGUUUGUGUAUACGUUUUUAUUUCUGAUUAUGUCUACUACGUCUUUGUUCUUAACGGCAUUGACUGUUCUCUGGAAGAGAUAAUUGGUUGCAUUUUCAUGAUACCGCGAGUCAUGUAUAUAGUUGUUUGUAAUCUCGGAGCGGAUAUACCUACGUGUAUAGGUUGCAGAGAAGAUCAUUUAAUAGUAACUGAAGUACGUCUUGA